AUGUCAUCAAAUAACAAUGAAGUAGAGUGCUUAGUUGAACCUACAUCUAAAAUUUCAAUCACAGAAGAAAAUAAACAAGAAAAUAAAGAAACCACCACCACUACCACCACCAAUACAGAUAAUAAAGAAGAACAACCACAAGAAGAACAACCAAAAGAAGAACAAGAACAAGAAGAACAACAAGAAGAAGAACAAGAACAACAAACAGAAAAUCCAGAAAAUUUAAUUAAACAUCCACUUCAAAAUAGAUGGUCCUUAUGGUAUGAUUAUCAAAGUGGUAAAAUCAAUCCAGAACAUUGGGUUGACUCAUUAAAAAAGGUUAUUAGUUUCGAUUCAGUCGAAGAUUUUUGGUGUGUUUUCAAUAACCUUCCAAAUGUUAGCAAUUUAAAACAAGGUAGCAGUUAUCAUUUAUUUAAAGACGAUAUCGAACCAAAAUGGGAACACGAAUCAAAUAAAAGAGGUGGCAAAUGGUUUGUUAUGGUUAAAGAUAAAUCGCGUUGUGAUAACCAAUGGCUUCAAUCUGUUAUGGCUUGUGUUGGUGAAACUUUUGACUCUAGUGAUGAAAUUUGUGGUAUAGUUUAUAAUUCAAGAAAGAAUGGUGAUAAAAUCAGUGUUUGGACAAAGAAUGCCCACGAUGAAAAAGCAACUAAAGAUAUUGGUUACUGUCUUAAAAAAAUUUUAGAAGUCGAUAAUACUAUUUCUUAUACUCCACAUGAAGAUGUUAUGAGAACAUCAAAAGGUGCCAAAAAUUUAUAUGAAUGUUAA